AUGAUCACACGUUCAACUAAUCUGUUUACAAAUCCAUACGCAAUUGAAGUCUUGAGGACUAAAAAAGAAGAGCUAGUAGAAGGCAUAAAUGACCCAGACCAUCUUCUGAACUGGCUGAUAGACAACGGCAUUUUUACCCCAGAAAAAAAGAUGGUCAUGAGUUUCUACAGGACACGAAGAGAAAAGAACUCUCGAGUUUUAGACAUACUAAUUUCUCAAGGUGAACGAGCCUGCAGGCUCUUUUUUUAUCCAUGUUUAAAGCAAGUGGAGCCAAAACUUUAUAGCAAGAUAAGAAAAUAUGUCAGUGAAGUAAAUGAAAACAUUGGAGAUGCUAGAAGACAAUUGGUAGGAUAUUUACUUGAAAAAGACAAGGUUUGGUUUGAAAAUAGCAGUGAACAGCACCAGGAAAAAAAAGACAGUCCUAGAAGAAAAAAGCAAGAAUGGGCUAUUAAGAAGAAAGGAAAAGAAACUCAACUUUCAAGGGCAGCAAAACCUAGAAAAGAUCAUGCUGAUGUUGGCAUCUUUGAUGCAGUCGCUAAAGGCUAUCUUUCUGAGUUAGAGAAAAUAUUGAAAGAUAAUGAUAUUAAAGCACUAAACUCUUCAAGUGAAACACUUCUGCACGUUGCAGCUGCUAAUGGACAUGUAACGAUACUGGAAUAUUUGAUCAGCAAAGGUGCAAAGACAGAUGUGAAGGACAAGAAAGGAAGAACACCGCUGCACAGGGCUGCUCAGAAAGGCCAUGGUGAUGCAGUGAAAGUGCUUCUCCGAUGCGGUGCUUAUAUGUACAGUUUGGAUACGCAAGGCAAGACACCACUUCAUUUGGCUGCACAGAAUAGCCACAGCCAUAUAUUGAAGAUGUUCGUGAAGGAAGAGGCAAGAAGCUACAGGAAACAGCACAGCUUCUUGCACAUGGCAGCUCUGAAAGAUGAGAGCAGUCUGGCAAAAAUGCUUUUAAAGGCUGGUGCCUCUGCUGACGGAAUGGAUGAAAGAGGACAGACUGCUCUCGGUUGUGCUGUUUCUCAGGGGUCUGAAAAUACUGCAAAAGUACUGCUAGAAGCUGGAGCCAGUGUUGAUUCUGACAUGGCUGAAAGAGCCUUCAAUAGCAGUCACCCAUCAAUCUUCAAAAUACUACUAGAAUAUUCUAAAGAUUUGUCAUCUGAUGUAAUGGAGUCAGCUCUUUUUAGAGCUGUACAGAAAAAUCUGCCUGAUAUUGUAGCAGCUUUAAUCGACAGAGGUGCAGAUAUAAACGCCUACAAUGAAAUGCAAUACACUCCUUUACUCCUGGCGUGUGAAACAGGCAAAGCUGAAUCAGCAGAAGUUCUAAUCGAAAAGGGAGCAAACUUCAGAAUAAAGACUCCUGCUUCAGACACAGCUUUGCAUUUGGCAGUUCAAGCUGGGGCUGCUUCCAUCGCAAAUCUGCUUCUGCGCAAAGGGAUGGGAAUUAACCUUACGAACCAAGCCGAUGAAACCCCGCUCCACGUUGCUGCACUUCAUAAUAAAGGAGCGUUAGUUGGCCUUUUAGUUAAUGCUGGGGCCCAAAUUAAUGCUGUCACUAAAGAGUUUGUUACUCCCCUGCACAUCGCAAGUCAAAGAGGUAACACUGAUGUUGCCCAACAGCUGUUGCACCACAAAGCCCAUGUUAAUGUUAAGGAUAAGCAGUCAAAAUCCCCUUUACAUUUUGCUGCUGAAAGGGGAGACAAAACAAUGGUAGAGAUGCUUCUGAAUGCUAAAGCUGACCCCAACACACAAGACAAAGAGAAAAAGACUCCCCUGCACACUGCAGCAGCGAGAGGACAUCUCGGCAUCGUGAAAGUUCUGUUAGCUAAAAAAGGAAGAUUUGGAGUUAAGGACAUGGAUGGAUGCACUCCGAUGCACUAUGCAGCCACCAAAGGAAACACAGAGAUCAUAAAAAUUCUUCUGACAUCAGGGAAAAAUAAAAAUAUCAAUGAUAGAAACAUUUGGAGAAAGACCGCACUGCAUAUUGCAGCGGAGUAUGGACAUAGUGACUUGAUAAAUCUGUUACUGAGCCACGGCGCAGCCAUUAAUGCCUUAGACAGCAGCAAGGAUACUCCACUGCACUGCGCAUGCAAGGCUGGUCAUUUUAGCACUGCAAAUUCCCUUGUAAACUGGUCACAAGGAGAAAAAGCCAAUUUACUAGCUGCUAACAGUCUCCAAAAGACCCCAUUGCAAGUAGCAGAAUUUAAUAAAACAGCAAAUCAGGCUCAAAUUGUAACACUUUUGAAAAAGAAAAUGUUAAUAACAAAAUGA